AUGGAUUUAACCGAUAUUGGUAUCGAACAACCUGCUCGAUAUUUUGAUUUAGUAAAAAAACCAGAAACAUUAAAACGAACAAAUGGCAUUCCAAUUCCUGAUUCAGAAUUUCAAGAUUUUCAUAUAAAUCGAACUUCGAUUCCAGAAGAUUGGGAUGUAAGUUUUGGUGAUGUAAUCAAUUGGUCCAAAGGACGUCCAACAGAAGCUUAUUUUAUAUUAGAAGAUCGAACUUUAUUUAAAAAUCCUGAUCGAAGUGGAUCAGGUUAUUUAACUAUUCCAUUUAAUGUUACCAAAAAUAGUCGAAAUGCCUUGCUUAGAUAUGAAUAUGUAAUUGAAGGUGUUGGCAAAAAUUAUGUCACAACUAUUGAAAUGCAUCCCGAAGAUAUAUUUAUUAAGAAAAAUUGGGGUGAAGUACCAAGUGAAAUGAUUUCACGUAAUGUUGAAUUUGUUUAUGAUCCACUUGAAGAAUUUCUUUAUGUAAAUAUACCACAUACAAAAAAAUCAAAAGAAUUUAAAUUAGGUUCAACUACGAUGCAAGAUAUGCAAACAUGGUUUGCUGGUGCAAUGGAAGAUCAAGCUUCUUUUAGAGUUAAAUACAAUUUUACAGGUCCUCAUUAUCAAAAAUAUCAUGAUGUUUAUCAAUUAAAUACUGCACAUUUUUCAUUACCUAAAACAUGGUCGGUUGAACCAGGUACAACAGACUUAGGUCAUGAUUAUUGUCAUGGAGAAUGGAAAUUUCAUGGUGAUCGUAAACAUUUAAAUGAAGCGAAGAAAGGUGCACAAGAUUUCUACAAAGAUCUUCCCAUUACAAUUGAAGAUAUACAUCAUAAAUGA